AUGUUUGUGUAUUUCUGGUUGACUUUCUUGGAGUUUGCUGACAAAAUGAGCAAAAAUGUGUCCUCACUUGUAAGUUAUUGUCUUUUUUUGUUUAAAACUAAUAUUAUAUUAAAAAGCAACCAUUUGUUGACUUUUAGAUUUACAGUAGUAAAAAAAUCUAUUGAUAUUAAAUAACCCACAAAAAUUGCAGAAAUGGUACUACCAACUGUUUCUAACAUGUUGCCAAUGUUAUUUUACAGUUUGGUACUGGAAUGAAUAUCCAAUUUUUGUUAAAGCAUCAUACCUGGCAUUGAUAAUUACAGCGAUUAAAGCUCGUGUUAAUAGAUCAUGUGAUAAAGAGAUCAAAAUUGUAGAAGAGCGUUUGAAUGAAGCCGAGAAAGAUAACGAUUAUCUUAGAAAGUCGUACAAAGCCAUGGAAAAGACGGUUCAGGAUAAGGAAGACUUGUAAGUUCUAAAUUUUUCAAUUUGUCCUUUUAGUGCAAGAAGAUUCAUUUGUCAAGAAGAAAACAGUCUAACAAAAAAAGUACCCUACCUGCCCCGCUCAGAAUCAAUUCAAAAUUUUUAUAUGAAUUUUUUGUACCACCAUAAAAAUUUGUACCCAUAAAAAAUUUAGCUUGCGCUUUUGAGUUUUAAAUUUAAAUCAGUUGGGUUUCCGCCAAUUUGGCAAACUUGGCAUUGUGUUUCAAGCACUUUUUUCGGCUUUCCAGACAAAAUACGCUUACAAAUUUAAAAAUGUAAAUUCAUUUAAAGGUUUUCUACUAAUAUAUCAAAGAAAAAUUCCUAAAAGUUUAAAAAUGGCAAAGUUAUAAGCUUGAAACACAUUGCCAACUUGGCGGGAAUUUCAAAAUGUCAUUUUUUAAUCUCGAUUUUCUCGAGGUUUCCUGGAAAACGCGAUUUAGUACUUUGCUGAACAUAUUAUAUUUACAUGAUCUUUAUUCAUAAAAAGUUUGAAGUCAAUCAGAGCGCGGCAGGUCGGGCACUUUCCUUGUAAGUCUACUUUUUGUUCAUAGGGGUCCGCCUCAUCACGCAACAUUACUUUCUCUUACCUUAACACUACUAUACACAGCUUUCUUCUACAUUAUUCUACCCCAGCACUACUCUUUCUGUGUCUUAAUAUAUUGCGAAUUACAAUACCCUAACUUGUCCGUACCUCUACAAUUUAACUUCUAUGGUUUAUUCAAAAACCAACCAAUUCAAAAAAAAAUUUUCAGAAUAAACCAUUUGAUGCAAAAGUACGACACAACUGUAGAACAGCACAAAAAGAUUGACAACGACAGAAUAAGGAUGAUAAGGGACAUGAUUGACAAAAUUAGUUGUCUUAAAGACUCCGACAUUGAACUUGCGACAUGUAAGAAAGAAUUGGAAAAAGCUCAAUCAGAGCUCAACAAGCUAGCUGAUAUUAACAAAAAACAGAAGCAAGACGCUGCGAAGCUUGAACAAAGCGUUUUGUUGUUAUCUGGCAUAACUAAAGCCAAUUUUGACAACCUUGUAAUUAAAGACAAAACAGAAAAAGUGGCUUCUGAGCUUCUACCGCCCGAAAUGCGCCAAAAUAAGCAACGCUUCAAUGUUCAAGAUAUACAGACAGAACUGGCGAAAGAAUACAGCAAGUCUGCUUCUGAAUUGUUCAAAAACGAGUGCAGAGCUAGAGAGGAGCAUAUACAGAUCCAAGCGAACUAGUAAGUAUUGUUUUAAAUUUUCAUGCUAUCGUACUCUAGCACCUAUUCCUCCUUCAAGCCAUAUCGUUUUUAGCCAUUACCGUACUGUAAGUUCUAUUAUACUUUAGGCAAUACUACCCUAAAAUGUACUGUAGCCUUAGUUCUGACCGUCCUUUACGCCAUGUCAUAACUCUAAACUUCCUCCUAAAGAAUCCAUUCUUUUUUGCCUUAUAUAUCAACCCCUCAACCUUAAACACAAUUUUUAAUUUAAUUUUUUUAGUGUUUCCAAACUUGAAUCAAAGCUAUUCAGAGACUGA